UUUCAUCACGUUGAUGAUUUGUUAAACUAGACACAAUGAAAACGUUGAUUACCGGUUUUCUUGUGGUCCUUUGUACACUAAAGCUAGUCUGUGCCAGACUUGCAGUGUCCGGUAAUCAGUUCACGUAUAAUGGACAAAGGAUAUUUUUGUCCGGCGGGAACUUGCCGUGGAUCCAGUACGCUUACGACUUUGGUGACCAUCAGUGGGACAGCCGCAAGGGCACAUUUGAAAAUCAGCUAACCCAGCUGAAGAAUGCAGGCGGCAACUCGAUAAGACUUUGGGUUCACAUUCAAGGGGAGUCCACUCCAGCCUUCGAUGGAAAUGGUUACGUCACUGCCCCUGACCAUCAGGGAACGCUGAUUAAUGACUUCAAGGAUAUGUUGGACAUAGCGCAAAGACACAAUAUUCUAGUGUUUCCCACAUUGUGGAACGCCGCUGUCGACCAAGACAACAGCCACAGGCUCGACGGCCUCAUCGUGGACUGGAGAAAGCUGCAGAGCUACAUCGACAAGGCGCUGGUACCACUGGCUAGUGCUGUGAGAGGGCACCCCGCACUGGGCGCCUGGGACAUCAUGAACGAGCCAGAAGGCAUGAUUAACACUGACAUUAGCAAUUGGGACCGGUGUUAUGAUUCCACUGCUUUGAAAAACAGUGGCGCUGGCUGGGCUGGCAAGAAGUAUAGCUACUACGACACACUGAGAUUCAUCAAUUGGCAAGCUGAUGCUAUCAAGAACGUCGAUUCAGGAUUUUUAGUCACUGUUGGUUCAUGGAAUCCCAAAUCCAACACUGACCAAUUCGGUUUCGUUGACCAUUACUCCGACAACUGUCUAGUCAAGCUGGGCAAACCUAAUGGUAAACUAGAUUUCUACCAAUUCCAUACCUAUUCGUACCAAGGAAACUUUGAUAACGUCUCUCCGUUUAAGCACUCAGCAGGAGACUAUGGAACCGGGAAACCCAUUGUGGUCGGGGAAUUCUGGGAACAAGAUGGCGGAGGCAUGAACAUCGAUCAGCUGUUCGACUAUGUGUACAAUCAUGGCUACGCUGGGGCCUGGAGUUGGGAUUUGAUGGCCCAUGGUGACAAUCAACGAGGCGGAAUAAGCCACAUCAAAAAUUACAAUUGGAAUGGUCAAAUCGGAAUAAACUUAUAAUUUUGUUUCCUA